ACCCAACGAGCGCGAGCAAAUUGCUAAAAAGCCCCCCACGUUUAUAAAGCGAAGCCAGCCCAGCCGGCGGCCUGCCUCGUUCUCUGCUCCCCGCAGAAAUUCGAAUCCGCCGGAGGAGGAGAUCGAUGGCGUCUCUGUUCGGCAACGGCGGCUACGGCUACUCGUCGGGAUCGGAGGGGGAGGACGAGGACGAGGACGAGGGCACGGAUGGGUACCGGAAGGGCGGGUACCACGCCGCGCGCCCCGGGGACCGCUUCGCCGGCGGGAGGUUCGUCGCGCAGCGGAAGCUCGGCUGGGGCAACUUCUCCACCGUCUGGCUCGCUUACGACAACGUCCACAGCAGAUUUGUGGCGCUCAAGAUCCAGAAGAGCGCGAAGGAUUACACGCACGCGGCUCUCCACGAAAUCGAGUUACUUUCAGCGGUAGCCAAAGGUGACCCGACGAAUUCCAAGUGCGUGGUGCGGUUGCUGGACCAUUUCAAGCACGCCGGCCCCAACGGGCAUCACGUUUGCCUGGUCACCGAGUUUCUCGGGGACACCUUGCUCCGGCUGAUACAGUACAACCGGAACAAGGGCAUUGGGCUGAGCAGGGUGAAGGAAAUCUGCCGAUCAGUGCUGGUCGGCCUUGAUUACCUGCACAGAGAGCUUGGCGUCAUCCACACGGAUUUGAAACCGGAGAAUGUUCUUCUGGUUUCAACAAUUAACCCGGCCAAGGACCCGGUGCGCUCUGGGUUCACGCCAAUCCUUGAUCGGCCUGUGGGGAACCAGUACGGCGGGACAGUGAUCAGUUUCAGUGAGAAGAUGCUCAAGAUGAGAGCAAGACGUGCAAUAGCAAAGAUUUCGCAGAGGCGGGCUUCGCUUGGCGGGGUUGCAGCUGAAGUAGAGAAGGAGAGGAGCCUGGAUAGGAUCAGCCUGAAGUGCAAGAUUGUCGAUUUUGGGAACGCCUGCUGGGCCGAUCAGCAGCUUGCUGGUGAAAUACAGACAAGGCAGUACAGGGCUCCUGAGGUUAUCAUCGGUUCCGGGUACUCGUAUUCUGCUGACAUGUGGUCAUUUGCUUGCAUGGCCUUUGAGCUUGCCACCGGUGACUUGUUGUUUGCUCCCAAGAAUUGCCAGGGAUGCAGCGAAGAUGAGGACCACUUGGCACUAAUGAUGGAAAUUCUUGGAAAGAUGCCUCGGAAGAUUGCUAGCUCAGGAAUUCGUUCGAAGGAUUACUUUGAUCGGCAUGGAGAUUUAAAGAGGAUCAGGAGACUGAAGGUCUGGCCCCUGGACCGUGUACUUGUCGAAAGGUACAAUUUCACUGAAUCUGAUGCCCAAGGGUUCGCUGACUUUCUUCGGCCAAUCCUAGAUUUUGCUCCGGAGAACAGACCUUCUGCUGCGCAGUGCUUGAAGCACCCAUGGCUUAAUUGAUUCAACAAGAUCUAGAAGUCUAACCAAUAGAAAUUUAUACAUACUAAGUGUGUUCGCGAUCAAAGGCUCUUUUGUGACCGGGACUGCAGAUAUCCACGGACUUUGAUGUAACAUAGGUUUGGAGUCAGGAGCUACGUUUUUUGGUGCAGCUUGAUGAGUUAUUCUGACGAGGAGGCAUAAGCUUCAGCUUCUUCUUUCUUCGUAGUAUCAUCUAUUUUGAUGUAUCAAGUGUUCCACUGGUGUGUUUGAGGUGCAGAGCUAAUGCAAUGUUAACCUGCUUGUGUGUUGGUUGGGCCAAAAGAUUCAUGUAAGAUUAUUUGGUAUUGUGAUAUGGCCGCCAACUUUUUCUUUAGCUGUGAAAGUGCAGCGCAGUGCGAUAGUGCUUCUGCUAUUUGCUCAAUGGAUUCUGUGCUGUAAAGCUGCUUGUCGGUUCAAAAGCGUGCUGCACUGCAUCGCAGCUUUCUUGCUA